CAUCCAGCAUAAGGAAACAUAAUCUCACCAGCUAAAAACAAAGCUAGCCAGCGAUGUGUAGUUUCUGAUAUGAUUCUCUUUAAUUUAAUAGCUAGCUAGAUAACUGUAAAUUCACAUAACAUAGAAAACAUAAAAACUGUUUCGUUAAAAAGGGGCCAAAAGCGUCGGGGGACAAUGUCGGGUUCCGUGGUCGAGUUCCAGGCGCAGAUAGCCUCAAUCAUGGAGGUGCUAGCCAACGCGGCUGUAGCCGAAAUCUGCAAAAUUGUUGACGAUGGCUAUGCUGUUGUACAUCUGGAGAUUUCCCAAAGCCACAAGGACAACGACUUUCUCCGGAGGAAACUGAAAUUGAUGGAAUUUCAGAUCGCGAGGUUUCGGGCUGAGAGAAUAAAGCUUUCAGAGGGGUCCGUCCACAAUCGCUUCCAUGGAAUACGCCUCCUAAACAGACACAACCAUCGAGAGAAGGCAACGACAGGACCUACUUGGCAAAGCAGAGCCAGACUUUCCAACAGGAGUUUUGGGAACAGCAGCAUUCAAAGAGACAGACAGCCCAUAGACGUGGACCAAGACGAUGUCUCUCCAUCAAAGCAUAUGGAUGCUACAAGUGAUGAGCAGUCAGCAGAGACAGAGGAAGGGGAACCAGACCUGCUGAUCAUCAAGGAUGAGGGGGAAGCAGACGACCAGGACUCUAGGAUCAGCCACCCAGCUAGAACAGUGGAGGGCAGCAGAGAACUAACCACCCAACCGGCUGCAGCCACCACAGAGGACCCCGCCUUCCAGCUCAGUGGCCCCAGAGGCAACAACAACUACAACACCGCUAUGGAGCAGUCAGCAGAGACAGAGGAAGGGCAACCAGACCUGCUGAUCAUCAAGGUGGAGGGAGAAGCAGAUGACCAGGACUCUAGGAUCAGCCACCCAGCUAGAACAGUGGAGGGCAGCAGAGAACUAACCACCCAACCGGCUGCAGCCACCACAGAGGACCCCGCCUUCCAGCUCAGUGGCCCCAGAGGCAACAACAAUUACAACAACACCGCUAUGGAGCAGUCAGCAGAGACAGAGGAAGGGGAACCAGACCUGCUGAUCAUCAAGGAUGAGGGGGAAGCAGACGACCAGGACUCUAGGAUCAGCCACCCAGCUAGAACAGUGGAGGGCAGCAGAGAACUAACCACCCAAUCAGCUGCAGCCACCACAGAGGACACUGCCUUCCAGCCCAGAGGCAACAUCUACAACAACAACUACAACAACACCGCUAUGGAGCAGUCAGCAGAGACAGAGGAAGGGGAACCAGACCUGCUGAUCAUCAAGGUGGAGGGAGAAGCAGAUGACCAGGACUCUAGGAUCAGCCACCCAGCUAGAACAGUGGAGGGCAGCAGAGAACUAACCACCCAACCAGCUGCAGCCACCACAGAGGACUCCGCCUUCCAGCUCAGUGGCCCCAGAGGCAACAACAAUUACAACAACAUCGCUAUGGAGGUCAGUGGAUCUGACGUCGUCUUCCAAUCAGAAACAGGGAAUGUGAACCAGGGACUCCAGCAGUACACAGGAUUUGAACCCAGAGCAGAGAGACCGAGUCUGGACAAUAAGUGUGACAUGUACGGGGGCCUCAAUCUCCUAAGAGAUUCUUUAAACCAGGUGUGCAGAGAGGUAGUAGCGACUGAUAAUGGAGCAUCAGCUGCUCACACUAAAGUAAUGGACCUAGGGAGUGGCCCAGUGGGCCUAGAACCACAGAAUAGCUCAGACAUAGAAAUGAGAAGUGUAGGGUUAGAAAACCACAGGUUUUCCCCCAAGUCAUUCCAUUCUUCAUCAGAACAUGUGAUAGUGAUUGACUCUGUAUCCAGUGGACAGCAGGUAGAUAGAGAAUUUGAGUGGGGUCAGGUGGGUACAGCUACUACACCACAGGUCAAUGGGACUGGAAAUACGCAGGGAGAGGGAGUGUUUGAGAAGAACGCACCUACGAUGGCAAGCCUCCAUAGACACUUUGAAAUACCAGGAAGAGGAGUUCAACAACCAGCUCAUACCUCACUUCCGGUCGGCCAUUUUAGACAAAGCGCCACAACUUCGUCUCACUCGAGUAAUCUUGCCACACACGUUAGACCGGACACCAUAGAGCGAUUGUACGGUUGCCUGAGCUGCCAUAAGAAGUUUGUCCACGAGAGUGACUUGCGGCAGCAUGUGGUCGUCCACAACAGAAAGCGGGCGUUCGCCUGCACCUUGUGUGAGAAGAGCUUUAUGUCCCGCACCGAUCUCCAAAUGCACCUGAAUGUCCACACUGGGGAGAAGCCCUUCAGUUGUGCACAUUGCGGGCGCAGGUUUUCCCACUCCAGCAAUCUGAAAAGACAUCAGAAGCUUCAUCAUUGAGAAAUUGGACAGAAGCAAGAGAUUCCUAUUGAAAAAAGCUGUUCUAGCAAUAUCAUGAGUUCAAACUUGAUUUGUUCUACAGUGCAUUCGGGAAGUAUUCAAUCUAUACACACUUGCCCAUAAUGACAAUACAAAACAGGUUAUACAUUUUUGUGUGUGUGUAUAUAUAUAUAUAUAUAUAUAAAUAAAUAAAUAACUGGAAAUAUUACAUUUACAUAAGUAUUCAGACCGUCUGUACUUUGUUGAUGCAUCUUUGGCAGCAAUUACAGUCUAAGUAUUCUUGGGUAUGACGCUACAAACUCGGGGAGUUUCUCCCAUUCUUCUCUGCAGACCCUCUCAAACUCUGUCAAGUUGGAUGGGGAGUGUCGCUUCAUUGCUUUUUUCAGGUUUCUGCAGAGAUGUUUGAUCGGGUUCAAGUCCGGGCUCUGGCUGGGCUACUCAAGGACAUUGAGACUUGUCCCGAAGCCACUCCUGUGUUGUCUUGGCUGUGUGCUUAGUGUCAUUGUCCUGUUGGAAGGUGAACCUUCGCCCCAGUCAUGUCCUGAGCGCUCUGGAGCAGGUUUUCAUUAAGGAUCUCUCUGUACUUCGCUCCGUUCAUCUUUCCCUCAAUCCUGACUAGUCUCCUUGUCACUGCCACUGAAAAACAUCCCCACAGCAUGAUGCUUCCACCAACAUGCUUUCCCAUAGUGAUGAGCAGUGCCUGGUUUCCUCCAGAUGGGAUGCUUGGCAUUCAGUCCAAAGAGUUCAAUUUUGGUUUCAUCAGACCAGAGAAUCUUGUUUCUCAUGGUCUGAGAGUUCAUUAGUUGUGUUUUGGCAAACUCCAACCGGGCUGUCAUGAGCCUUUCUACUGAGUGGCUUCCAUCUGGCCACUCUACCAUAAAAAGCCUGAUUGGUGGAGUGCUGAAAAGAAGGUUGUCCUUCGGGAAAGUUCUCCCAUCUCCACUGAGGAACUCGAGCUCUUUCAGAGUGAACAUCGGGUUGUUGGUCCCCUCCCUGACCAAGGCCCUUUUCCCCCAAUUUCUCAAUUUGACAUGGGGCGGCCAGCUCAAGGAAGACUCUUGGUGCUUCCAACUUCUUCCAUUUAAGAAUGAUGGCGGCCACUGUGUUCUUGGGGACCUUCAAUGCUGCAGAAUUUUUUUGGUAGCCUUCCCCAGAUUUGUGCCUCAACACAAACCUUUCUCGGAGGUCUACGGACAAUUCCUUCAACGUUAUGGCUUGGUUUUUGCUCUGACAUUCACUGUGAACUGUGUGACCUUUUAUACAGACAGGUGUGUGCCUUGCCAAAUCAUGUCCAAGAAAUUGAAUUUACCACAGAUGGACUCCAAUCAAGUUAUAGAAACAUCUCAAGGAUGAUCAAUGGAAACAGGAUGCACCUGAGCUCAAUUUCGAGUCUCAUAGCAAAAGGUCUAAAUACUUACAGUACCAGUCAAAAGUUUGGACACUUACUCAUUCAAGGGUUUUUCUUUAUUUUUACUUUUUUCUACAUUGUAGAAUAAUAGUGCAAACAUCAAAACGAUGAAAUAACACACACAUAUGGAAUCAUGUCGUAACCAAAAAAAAGUGUUAAACAAAUAUUUUAUAUUUGAGAUUCUUCAAAGUAGCCACCACGUGGCAUUCUCUCAAACAGCUUCACCUGGAAUGCUUUUUCAACAGUCUUGAAGGAAUUCCCACAUAUGCUGAGCACUUGUUGGCUGCUUUCACUUCACUCUGCAGUCCAGCUCAUCCAAAACCAUCUUUAUUGGGUUGAGGUCGGGUGAUUGUGGGGGCCAGGUCAUCUGAUGCAGCACUCCAUCACUUUCCAUGAUCAAAUGGCCCUUACACAGCCUGGAGGUGUGUUGGGCCAUUGUCCUGUUGAAAAACAAAUGAUUAGUCCCACUAAGUGCAAGCCAGAUGGGAUGGCGUAUCGCUGCAGAAUGCUGUGGUAGCCAUGCUCAUUAAGUGUGCCUUGAAUUCUAAAUAAAUCACAGACUGUGUUACCAGCAAAGCACCAUCACACCACCUCCUCCAAGCUUCACGGUGGGAACUGCACAUGUGGAGAUCAUCAAAUUUGGACUCAUCAGACCAAAGAACAGAUUUCCAUACGUCUAAUGUCCAUUGCUCAUGUUUCUCGUCCAAGCAAGUCUUCUUAUUAUUGAUGUCCUUUAGUAGUGGCUUCUUUGCAGCAAUUCGACCAUGAAGGCCUGAUUCACGCAGUGUCCUCUGAACAGUUGAUGUUGAGAUGUGUCUGUUACUUGAAUUCUGUGAAGCAUUUAUUUGGGCUGCAAUUUCUGAGGCUGGUAACUCUAAUGAACUUAUCCUCUGCAGCAGAGGUAACUCCAGGUCUUCCUUUCCUGUGGCGUUCCUCUUGAGAGACAGUUUCAUCAUAGCGCUUGAUGGUUUUUCCACUGCACUUGAAGAAACUUUCAAAGUUCUUGAAAUUUUACGAAUUCACUGACUUUCAUCUGUAAUGGACUGUUGUUUCUCUUUGCUUAUUUGAGCUGUUCUUGCCAUAAUAUGGACUUGGUAUUUUACCAAAUAGGGCUAUCUCCUGUAUACCACCCCUACAUUGUCACUACACAAGUGAUUGGCUCAAACGCAUUAAGAAGGAAAGAAAUUCCAACAAAUAAUUUAACAAAACACACCUGUUAAUUGAAAUCCAUUCCAGGUGACUACCUCAUGAAGCUGGUUGAAAGAAUGUCAAGCAUGUGCAAAGCUGUCAUCAAGGCAAAGGGUGGCUACUUUGAAGAAUGUCACAUAAAAUAUACUUUGAAUUGUUUAACCCUUUUUUCUGGUUACUACAUGAUUCCAUAUGUGUUAUUUCAUAGUUUUGAUUUCUUCACUAUUAUUUUACAAUGUAGAAAAUAGAACAAAUAAAGAAAAACCCUGUAAUUUUGUUUUUAUUUAUUUAACUAGGCAAGUCAGUUAAGAACAAAUUUUACCCCUAACCCAGACAACGCUGGGCUAAUUGUGCACCGCCCUAUGGGACUCCCAAUCACGUCCGGUUGUGAUACAGCUUGGAAUCAAACCAGAGUCUGUAAUGAUGUGUCUAGCACUGAGAUGCAGUGCCUUAGACCGCUGCACCACUCAGAAUUCCCCAUCGGGAAUGAGUAGGUGUGUCCAAACUUUUGACUGGUACUGUAUGUAAAUAAGUUAUUUCCGUUUUAUUUGUAUACAUUUGUGAAAAUGUCUCUUUGUCAUUAUUGAGUUGUGUGUGUGUGUGUGUGUACAUUGAUGAGAAAUAGAGCUUGUCAUCCGUUUUAGAGUAAGGCUGUAACGAAACAAAAUGUGGAAAAAGCGAAGGGAAGACUUUCCCAAUCCACUGUAUGUCUUCAGGAUGUUAUCCCAGGUCUCUUAUGUUUUAUAAUACACCACGUGGUUCAUAUUUUACAUUAUCCGCAUACAUUUCAACCUUCUCUUAUCCACUGUAUGUCUUCAGGAUGUUAUCCCAGGUCUCUUAUGUUUUAUAAUACACCACGUGGUUCAUAUUUUACAUUAUCUGCAUACAUUUCAACCUUCUCUUAUCCACUGUAUGUCUUCAGGAUGUUAUCCCAGGUCUCUUAUGUUUUAUAAUACACCACGUGGUUCAUAUUUUACAUUAUCUGCAUACAUUUCAACCUUCUCUUCUUGCCCAGGGAACCCUCCCAGGCAACCAAUCAUAUGUUAGCCAAAAAAAUGACAUCUUGAAUGAUAAUGGCAAGGAGAAAUAGUAAACUUUUUAUUUUAUUUUUUGUAGAAGUUUAAACUCUAACAUGGCCUACUGGCUAGAAAGUUCAAACACAACUCCAAACACAUUUUCGCUAAGUGCAGCUAUUUAGCUGAUUUUAAACAAAGGUUAGCCAUUUACAUUUACAUUUAAGUCAUUUAGCAGACGCUCUUAUCCAGAGCGACUGACAGAAAUGUAUGUUCAAGUAAAGAACUUACUAGCAGUCAGUGGCACUUGCCACACUGGUAGCCUAUUCACAGGUGCUUUUUCAAAGCCUAUGUCAGGCACGCCAGUGUAAUUGGCUCCAGUGAGUGUAAUUUACCCAAUAUUAGGAAAUGUGUUGACAUCUUUAGAAAUAAAAUAUUAUCUCUUCUAAUUCAAAAUGUGUUUAUUCUGUUUUUGCAAAUAAUAUUCAUAAACAUUGUAAAUACACUUUUCUCCACUUUUUACAUGUGUGUAUAUAUAAUUAUAUAUUUCUUUUUUUGCAGACCCCCCCUGCAGUUUUUGUUGAUCAAUUCCUAUAAUAUAAUCAAUAAAUAAUAUUCUCACAUUGACCCUAAAUAUACAGAGAAAAAAAGGCAACAUGUAAAGUAUUGGUCCCAUGUUUCAUGAACUGAAAUAAAAGAUCCCAGAAAUUG